GUGAGUCUCCACCUCAGCAUGGCUGUUGACAGGUGGUGUAGAUCCACAUCUGGGAACUGAGCUGGGCUGCUGAAGCAGAGUGUGCCAAACUUAAGCAUUAGGCCACAGGGCUGGCCCAAACAAAUUUUUUAAUUCCAUAAACAUUUGGGAGCUUCCUGUGUUAGAUACUGGGAUAUAAUAGUCAACAGUGAAUGAGUCAGUUCUCAUCAUGAUGCUGAUGCUAGUAAUGAUAUUUGUAGCAAGCAUGUCUGUGUGCCAGGCGUUAUUCUGAGUGCUUUACAUUUACUUGGCACUCUGCUUUUUUUCAAAACACAUGCUAUCUUGUAUUCAGUGUAUUAAAAUGAGACUGAAUAGUCUAUUUUACUUGUAUCCUGAUGUUCUCUGUAUCCCUUUUUGCUUAUCAUUCACAUUUCCACUUGGAUCCUCUUUGUCUCACUUUUUCUCUAAGUAAAUACUCUUUGGGAAUCUCGUCUUCUAAAAAGGUCUUCCUUGAUGCUAUGGAGGGUCAGGGUGUUUAUAUUUAUGCUUCCUGAAAGAAAUGUUAGAGCAAAGAAAGAAGUGACAACUUUGAGAAGAGCUGUAUUAACUUCACUUGGAAAUUGCUAGGAGCAGUUAUAGAACUACGCCAAAGAAAAAAGCCAAAGUCUUCGGAAAAUAAAGAAUCUGCCAAAGAAGAGAAAAUCAAUGACACUCCAAUUCCUGAAAGAGCUCCAAAAUAUGUAUUAUUUCAGCGCUUUGCAAAGAUUUUCAUUGGCUGUCUUGCAGCAGUUACUAGUGGUAUGAUGUAUGCUCUCUAUUUAUCAGCUUACCAUGAACGGAAAUUCUGGUUUUCCAACAGGCAGGAGCUGGAACGGGAAAUCACAUUUCAAGGUGACAGUGCCAUUUAUUACUCUUAUUAUAAAGAUAUGUUAAAGGCACCUUCGUUUGAAAGAGGUGUUUAUGAACUGACACACAAUAACAAAACUGUAUCUCUGAAGACUAUAAAUGCAGUGCAGCAAAUGUCUCUCUAUCCAGAACUUAUUGCCAGCGUUUUGUAUCAAGCAACUGGUAGCAAUGAGAUUAUUGAGCCAGUGUAUUUCUAUAUUGGCAUUGUUUUUGGAUUGCAAGGAAUAUAUGUUACUGCUUUAUUUGUUACAAGUUGGCUUAUGAGUGGAACAUGGCUAGCAGGAAUGCUAACGGUUGCAUGGUUCAUUAUUAACAGGGUAGAUACAACAAGAAUUGAAUACUCCAUUCCUUUAAGAGAAAACUGGGCACUACCAUAUUUUGCAUGUCAAGUUGCUGCACUUACAGGCUAUUUAAAAAGCAACUUAAAUACUUAUGGAGAGAGGUUUUGCUACUUAUUGAUGAGUGCCUCAACUUACACCUUUAUGAUGAUGUGGGAAUACAGCCACUAUCUCUUGUUUCUUCAAGCAAUAUCUCUAUUCCUGCUAGAUAGUUUUUCACUAGAGCAAAGUGACAAGGUUCAUGAAGUUUAUAAAAUCUAUAUAUUUUCUCUCUUUCUGGGAUAUUUACUGCAGUUUGAGAACUCAGCAUUGUUGGUGUCCCCUUUGUUAAGUUUAGUGGUAGCCUUAAUGCUUGCUAAGUGCCUUCAGGUGAAGAAAGGAACUUUUAUAGCUAAAAUAAUGAAAGUGAUUAAUUUUUACUUGGUGUGUACUUUAACAGUGACAUUGAAUAUUAUAAUGAAGAUGUUUGUCCCACACAAAGAACAUGGGCAUAUGCUGAAAUUCCUUGAAGUAAAAUUUGGACUAAAUAUGACUAAGAACUUUACGAUGAACUGGCUCCUGUGUCAAGAAUCUCUGCAGGCGCCGUCUCGAGCUUUCUUUUUGCGGCUGACACAGUCCUCUGUGCUACCUUUCUAUACUUUAGUGUUAAUCAUUUGUUUUUUUUCUAUGCUACAAGUUAUUUUUAGGAGAAUUAAUGGUAAGUCCCUGAAAGAAACUGUUACUCUUGAAGAUGGACGAAUUGGAGAAAGGCCAGAAAUAAUUUAUCACGUGAUUCACACUAUUUUAUUGGGCUCUCUUGCAAUGGUUAUAGAAGGCUUGAAAUACCUCUGGACUCCGUACGUGUGCAUGUUGGCAGCAUUUGGUGUAUGUUCUCCUGAACUUUGGAUGACACUUUUCAAGUGGCUUCGAUUACGAACUGUACACCCAGUGUUAUUGGCUCUUAUUUUGAGCAUGGCUGUGCCCACUAUAAUAGGUCUCAGCUUAUGGAAAGAGUUUUUUCCAAGAUUAAUGACAGAAUUAACGGAACUACAAGAAUUUUAUGACCCAGAUACAGUGGAACUUAUGACCUGGAUAAAAAGGCAAGCUCCGGUUGCAGCUGUGUUUGCAGGGAGUCCACAGUUAAUGGGUGCAAUUAAAUUAUGCACUGGAUGGAUGGUAACAAGCUUGCCUCUUUACAAUGAUGACGAUCUUCUCAAGAGAAAUGAAAAUAUCUAUCAAAUCUAUUCAAAACGAUCUGCUGAGGAUAUUUAUAAAAUACUGACAUCCUACAAGACUAAUUACCUAAUUGUAGAGGAUGCUAUCUGCAAUGAGGUGGGAACCACGAGAGGCUGUAGGGUUAAAGAUUUAUUAGACAUUGCAAAUGGCCACGUGGUUUGUGAAGAAGGUGACAAGUUAACCUACUCAAAAUAUGGGCGAUUUUGUCAUGAGGUCAAAAUUAACUAUUCUCCAUAUGUGAAUUAUUUCACUAGAGUAUAUUGGAACAGGUCUUAUUUUGUAUAUAAAAUCAACACUGUGAUAUCCUUUCAGUCUUGAAAAACAGCAGAGUCUUCAUUUCAAAGACUUAUACCACCUGCAGCAAAAUGCGAUUUUCUUCAACCUCUGUGGCAUCUUUGGAAAUCAGAGUAUGGACAUUUGAAAUGUUACUGCUGCUUUUCUCCUGCUCUUAACUGGAUCCAGAGUUCUGUGAGGAACAGAAGAGCGAGCAUCACUGUCCUUUGGGAAAGUGUCAAAUCUACCACUCUGCAGUAGUCCAGCUGGGUGUUUUCCUUAUUGUUACGUGGUCUGUCAAGAUUUUACCUUCUAAACCAUUGUAAAAUUUUCCUCAUAAAUCUUCAUUCUAUCAGAACAUUUAUCUUGAAUUUUAAUAUGUUCAAGGUCAGAGUAUAUCUCUUAAACAUAGCAUUUAAUAAAUUCUUAAUGUGAUAUAAUUUUAGAUUAGAAGAAAAGAAUUCUUACAACUCAAGGUAGUUUCUGAAGAUACUUCAUGGGUUAUAAUAGAAUUGAAAUAUUACAAUAAAAAACUAAUUUAAAUGUUAGCUGAAAAUAUGUGGCAUUUAAAUUAAAAUGAAAAUUAGAUAAAGGAAAGUGCUUUUAAGGAUAUUCAUAAAGAUAUACCCAGGUUUUCCAUGAUAUUGCUGUCAUCGUCUGCUGCUUAUAUAAAUGAGCCCUUUCUUAGUACUAUAUGGUGCAUGAUAUUGCGUUUUAUUAUUUUAUGACUAUUAAGUGGUUAGCUUUUUUUGCUUAUGCUCAUAAAUUUGAUACCAACUUAAUCAUGAUAAAACAAUAACUAUUGUUAUCUAUAUAUUUUUUAAAACAGACAUUUAAAAGAAUGCCGUUCAGGUUUUUAAAAAAUAUGGAUAGAGGGUAUAUAAUCUAUUCACAUGUUUUCUACUCAAGGUUAAGUAAAAAAUUAAAUCUUUUAUCAGAAUAAGAAUAUGUACACUAAAAUGAGCAACAGUUUCUGGAGAUAUGUGCAGAUGCUGUUAAAUAUACCUCUGCAUACAGUUAUAUUUAUUAUAAAACACAAGUGCUAUUAUUUAUGAAACUGUUAUAUAGUCGUCGAAAUUGAGACAAAAUGACAAUUAUAAUAAAUUUCACAGCACAGUUUCACAAUCUAAAUGCCAUGUUCCUUUAAGUUAAAUGUUUUCAUAUUUUUAAUCAUUUAUUAAAAGAAAUUUUAAAAUGAUUAAUUUGACCUUAUAAAGAGAUCCAGGAUAGAUGUAUCAUUUUAAUAAGAUGGGAUGCAUGUUUAGUUUUAGUCUAUACAUUUGUUUAAUGAACAAGUUUUCAAAAUUUUCACUUAUUAGAGUGCUAUAAAAAUUAGUUUCAUUACUCUAAAUUACUACAUUAAAGGGAGCAACUUGCAUUAUCUUUAUUUUCUGUAAUAUAUAUACCUAUUUUAAAAGUACAAAACCACAUGCAUUCUUAGACUAGUCUAGGAUGCUUUGCUUUUUGGAAUUUUAAGAUUGUUGAAUGGAGGUGUCAUAUCUGGUGCAUUAGUUUUAUUGGUUCUCAUUUCAUGCUUUUGUAUAAUUUUUAACAAUUAAGAUCACUACAGGCAGGGUAUUUCAGGUUCUCUGUACAUCUUAAUAGUGAGUCACUAGUAUUUAGCUUCAACACUUAUGAAAAUAUUACCACAGUUACCUAAGUACACAGUGAAUAGUCACAUGGUAAUACUGUGAUUAGAGCAUGGAAAACGAUGUAAUUGAAAAGUCCGUUUCCCUAUUUUGAAAAGAAAAAUAGAACAACCUCCUUUCCAUGUAACAUGAAAUAUUUAAUUGAAUUUUUAUUGAUUUACGUUAUGAUCAGAUAUGCUGAAUUAGUUUUGAUUAUUGUUUGUUUUGGGGGGGGUUGUUUUUGACA